GUCGUAAUUCUUCAAUGAUUGAUGGCCCUUUACAGAACACACCACGGUAGUUCUUACAUCGAUCAUGGAUUCUCCGAUUUCGUGAAUCCCAAGCAAAGUAGAACUGCCGUUUUAUUCUUUGAAUGAGAAAUUGCAAAUUUCGAAAAGAUCGGUUAACAAAACGACGAUGCUGGUUCUCCGGUCGUCGAGGGAGCUAGUCCUUUUAGUGGUGAUCGUAAUUUUGUUUGAAACGACGAAUUGUAGCGGAGAGUCAUCGACGUGUUUGGCUGUCUACAAAGAAGGCGGUGCUCCUGCGGUUUUUCAGUCUCCAAAAUGCCCGCGCUGGAAGCUUACGAAUUACGCCUCCCGCCUUCGCACCUCUGCUCCCAGCCGGUGCCAAUCGGCGAUGCUUCAGGGUCGGAGGAAGUAUCAGGAGGACCGUACUCUCUGCGCACUCGACAUUCGCGUUCCCUUCCCUGCUAGAAUGGGGCUUAAGGAGGUUAUGAUUGGAAUUGUGGCUGUUUUUGAUGGACAUAAUGGAGCUGAAGCUAGUGAGAUGGCUUCAAGGCUGUUGUUAGAAUAUUUUGCCGUGCAUACGCAUUUUCUUCUGGAUGCAACAUAUUCUUUUCUUUUAAAGAAAUCUGCAAGAGGAUUCACAACUCAAGGAGAACUGGAUGUUCCUUUUCAAGUGCUUAACUGGGAUGAACAACUAGGCCAGCAUGAGUUGAACCUUGAAAGGUUCAAGCUAUUAUUUCCUUCAAGUUCUGAUGAUUCUUUUCACUUGCAAAUUUUGAAGCAAGCAUUGUUGCGGGCAAUCCAGGAUGUUGAUGUGACAUUUUCUGAGGAAGCAUCUAGAAACAAUUUGGAUUCAGGUUCUACAGCCACUGUUAUGCUAAUAGCAGAUGGUCAGAUCUUAGUUGCCAACAUUGGAGAUUCUAAGGCAUUCUUGUGCUCUGAACAAUUUUAUUCUCCUGCUGAGGCUGAAGCAGCUUUAUUGAGGUUAUACCGGGAGCAAAGACGUAAUGGUGCUGUUUCACGUAGAAGAGAUCGUGAAAAAAUUAAUUUUACCAACUCCAAUGGACUAACACAUUAUUUUGUUAAAGAAUUAACAAGAGAUCAUCAUCCUGACAGAGAAGAUGAAAGAUUUCGUGUGGAAACUGCUGGUGGUUAUGUUCAUGAAUGGGGAGGUAUACCUCGAGUUAAUGGUCAGCUGGCUGUUUCACGGGCUAUUGGCGAUGUGCCCUUUAAAAUUUAUGGAGUUAUAUCAAUGCCUGAGGUGACAGAUUGGCAGCCUUUGACCAUAAAUGAUAGCUACGCGGUGGCUGCAUCGGAUGGAGUGUUUGAAAAGCUAAGCUUGCAGGAUGUUUGUGACGUUAUAUGGAAAGUCAGUCAUGGGACCAUGAGAUCAGGACUCUCCUCUUCCUGCUCAUAUUCUUUAGCUGACUGCAUAGUAAACACUGCCUUUGAAAAAGGUAGUAUGGACAAUGUGGCUGUUGUUGUGGUUCCCUUGGGAUCUCUUGGAAUUUCUGAAACCAUGCUGAUGGAAACCUGUCUUGGAGAGGAUGAUAUAGAUUGCCCAGCUAGUGCACUACAGAAGUUUACCUCUGGAUGGUCAGCCAACGACGUAACUUCUCACCUAUUGGAAGCAGAGCAUGCCGAUUCACUGAUUACCCCGUUUGACAGGUUAUUGGUUGAUGGGAAACGUGGCAGCCUUGGCUGUUUUUAUUUAUCUGAGAGCCUCAGUGAUAUGUAUCACACUCCAAAGGAAGAUGUGGAACAAUACAUGUACCAUUCAACCCAGGCUCUACCUGCUGCCCUUAAUAACUGCUGUGGUGGACCUAUAAAUUUGUAUAAUGACCAGAGUAUGUGCUUCCAUUUUGGAAUGACUGCUAAUGGGGCUAAAGAUCAAUGCAUAAAUCACGAAGGCUUUGCUACUUUCCUUGGUCUGCUUGAAUCUAUUCCUUUCCAAGAUACUGGUUCAAAUCAUGGAUCAAGUGAGCAUGCUACGCCUGACCUGAGGUACUUGCUAAAGAAAAGGUUUGGUCGUGGAUCAUAUGGUGAAGUUUGGUUGGCUUUUCAUUGGAAUUGCCAUCAAGGACACAAUAUCUCAAGCUGGUGCAUGAAGACUGGAAACACAUCAUCUGAUGAAAAUUCAAAUCAUAGCUCGACCCGCAAUUGUGGUGAUGGCUUUCCUAAUGACAACUUGUUCAUUUUGAAGCGCAUACUGGUGGAAAGAGGAGCUGCAGUUUACUUAAGUGGCCUUCGGGAGAAGCAUUUUGGUGAAGUUUUUUUGAAUGCCUCGAAAUGGCUUGGAGAUUUUCUAUCUAAUCGAAUGUCAAUGACGUUACAGAAAGAAUCAACACCCGAUUUGCAUGACCUAUUUGUAAUGAAUGACUCAGUUGUUCAUGAAUUGGGAUAUCCUUGGAACUCUGAAAAUGGAUUUAGAAAGAAGUUUAAGCAGCACAAGGCUGCUUAUGAAGAAGGUUUGGAUCAUAUAGCUAGAUACGUAGAGUCAUUUGAAUCGCGUUCAAAUGAGAUAUGGCUCGUGUUUCGUCAUGAAGGCAUCUCAAUGUCAAAGCUCAUGUACACUGUGGAAAGUAAUGCUGAUGAAGAAAGCGCAGAGGAUAUAAAACGCGUACAAGUAUUGCGUCCUUCGAAAUGGUGGCAUUGGCUGAAGACCACAAAUGCAGGAAAAGAGCAAAUGCGUAGUAUUAUAUGGCAAUUGUUGAUGGCACUCAAGUCUUGUCAUGAACGCAAUAUAACUCAUAGGGAUAUUAAACCUGAAAAUAUGGUGAUAUGCUUUGAAGAUCAGGAGACUGGAAUGUGCUUGAAGGGAUUUCCAAGUGGAAAUGAGACCUAUACCACCAAAAUGCGCAUUAUUGACUUUGGUAGUGCAAUAGAUGAGUUCACAAUGCGGCAUUUGUAUGGAUCCAGUGGACCCUCGAGAGCUGAACAAACUUAUGAGUAUAGCCCUCCCGAAGCAUUUCUUAAUGCUAGUUGGUACCAAGGGCCGGCAAGCAGGACUUCAAAGUAUGAUAUGUGGAGUGUUGGCGUUGUGAUGUUAGAGUUAAUUUUAGGAUCACCAAAUGUUUUUCAGAUUAGUGCUUUGACACAAUCUCUUUUAGACCAGCAUAUUGGGGGUUGGAAAGAAGAGUUAAAGGAGCUUGCAUACAGACUUAGGUCAUUCAUGGAAUUAUGUAUUCUAAUACCGGGAAGUUCCUCGAAACAUCAUCGAGUGACGAAUGAUGGUGGAGUUUCACCUGCUUCCUGGAAAUGCUCAGAAGAAUUUUUCUCCAAUCAAAUACAGACUAAAGACCCUCUCGGACUGGGGUUUCCAGAUGUUUGGGCUUUGCGAUUGGUGCGUCAACUCUUACGCUGGGACCCAGAGGAUCGGUUAAGCAUUGACGAUGCUUUGCAGCACCCUUAUUUUCACCCUCCUCCUAUAAGAUGAUUUAACACGAAGGUUCAAACUCAACCAGUUUUGACACUUUUUCCUGCCCUCCUAAAGGAUCGAUUUUGGAUCUUGAAGCUUUGAAUAAUCUCGACCAAGUUCUAACUGGGAAUAAAUCACUCAGUAAGUCUUCUACCUGACAGGCCCCCUCUGUUAUUGCUAAAUAUAUACAGAUAUGGAAAAGGGGGCAUUGAACCGGAUUGAGCAUUGAACUAUGAGCAAUUUUCACAUAUAUUUCUGGAAGGACUGUUUGAUAGUCGAAAAAGCAUCCUCAUUAGUGUUGGAUAACUGUUUAGCCAUUGAUCCUAAGAGACUUGGGCGAGAGAACUAGGUUUGGUGAUUGAGGAGAUGAUAGCAAAGAGGUCAGUGAGAAUUGAUGUUACAGUACAGAGGGAUGGCUUAACAGCAGAUGAUCAGUUUAGGCCCAUUGAAAUUAGGCUACUUUAGACCUAGUGACAGGGAAAGUUGAGUAUAGGCCCAUUUUAAGUUGGCUACUUUUCGCUCAUAAGAAUUGGGCAAUUAUGCUCAGUGAAAUUGAGCUAAGACUCAUCAAAAGUAGGCUAGUAUCGGCCAUUGAGAUUGGGAUAGCUUAAGCCUAUCAAAAUUGGUCAAGUCCAAGCUAAUCAAAACAGAGCCGGUUAAACUUACAGCCCACGAAAUUGGUUAGCCAAGUUUAGGCCCAU